CCGGCAACCACAGGAUCACCAGAUAACCCUGUGUGUUGAAAUUGAAGAUCCCAAUGUGAUCCCUUAUAGUACAGGUUCUCAACCCUGGUUUUGGGCUACUUCCAUGUCCACCAUAUUUUCCCUGGUCUAACACAUGGACUUCUGAAGAAAGGCCUUUAAAUAGGAUGUUUAGGAGUGCUCGGUUUGUGACAUCAGCAUGCCUACUGGGGACCCAUAGAUCACUGUUUGGGACACUCAACAACUCCAGGAAGAAUUAUUUUGGAGAGAUAGUGUGCAAUGGCCUCCUUUCCCAGCCAUUGUGCAUGGCCAGUAGUGAGAGAGGGCCACAGAGGAAACAUUAUAUAUCUGAGCCAAAGAACAGUAAAUAUGCUUCAAAAAAAACUCUUAAAAAGGCAAGAAAAAGAUUUUUUCACACAAGCUGCUCUAUCAAUCCUGCAGACAUGAUUGACUUCCCAUUGGUGUGUAAAAUAAAUAGUUCUGUACAGUAUUGUUCAAAUUCCACUUUUUCAGAGGACUGCAUCCUCAGGGACGGUGUUACUAACAAGUCCCUGCUGCCUGAAAACCGUACAGUCAAACACAGAAGUUGUGUGGAUAAGUGGAGAGCAGAUCUAAACAGCAGCAGUAAAAGUCAGAAGAGCUGCCAUCACACAGGGAGCACAUCCUUCACAAAGUCAUACGAGUUGAGUAAAGGGCUCUGGACUUCCUGUCAAGAGCGAUGGGGCCAUCAUGGACCUCUAAAAUCCCAAGUGUGUGGUUUUCACAGGAGAGUCCCGAAGCAGGCUGCUUUUGAAGACUGUUUAUCAGCCAAGAAUGAGGAACGCUGCAGAGGCCAACUGCAGUCCAACAAUGCACUGUAUGAGAAGGAGAGAGAGAAGAGCUGUGCAGCUGUGCUCGUGUCUCUGUGCACAGUAGGGGGAGAGCCUGCCAUGCUUUUCACCCUUAGAUCCAGCAAAAUGAGGGGCAAACACAAAGGUGAUGUCAGUUUUCCAGGGGGAAAACAAGACCCCUCUGACAGAAACAUUGUGGAAACAGCACUGCGGGAAGCCAGGGAAGAACUGGGGAUUAACGUGACUGAAAAUGAAGUGUGGGGGAUUCUGAAGCCACUGAAUGAUAGGUCAGGAAUGAAGAUUGCUCCUGUGUUGGCUAACCUUGGACCACUGGAGACUCUAACACUCCGUCCCAACCCGAGUGAGGUGGAGGAGAUCUUCACCCUGACCGUUGCCCAUCUAUGCAACCCUCAGAACCGAGGCUAUACACACUUUCGCAUUGGUAAUCACUAUGGAGUCACUCUUCCUGUGUUUCACAGUGAUAAGUACAGAAUCUGGGGCCUGACUGCAGUAGCACUGGACCACACACUCAAACUCAUCAUGUCGGUGUAGCAGCUGUAGAGCCAACGGAAAUUCAGGUCUCUAAAAAUGUUGAAAGAUUAGGUAAUAUCACUGAUUUGUUAUAAUCAAAUAAUGAAUGGUAAAAUUCAAUCCAAUUUUUGUGCUGAGGGAACAUAAUUUUUAAAUUAUUUACUUUGUUUAAUAAUAAAUGAUUUCAUGGAUUAGAUACUUUUUUAAGAAAAGUCUUAUGAGUAGUUUUUCAAGAAGUCUGGAAUAAUGCAUAAAUAUCUGCAAGCAUUUUCAGUUGAUUGAAUUUGCGGCAUUACAAAAUAUUGGUGUGGAAAAAUAAUUGACUACUAUCAAGACAGAUUCUGUACGUCUGCCUUUUUUAUGUCAAAUCCUCAUGUAAUGUAGUUUGUUUACUAUCUGAGCUUUUUAACCGCUGCCCUUCCCAAUUUAAGAAAUGCAGGAAUUUUCCA